UAAAAAAAAUACAAAGAUAUGAAGGUGGGAAAAAGGCAGUAUUUGGGAACUUGAACCUGUAGAAUCUGCUCAAGCUUCAGCUCUAUAGACUAUUAGCUAGCUACCCCAUCAAAUUCAUCAAAAGCCCAUCUUUGUUUUAAUUUUUCCAAAGCUGAAUUCAUUUUCAUCACCAUCCUUUUCAAGAGUUUUUUAGUUUUUUCAUACUCUUACAUUCCCACCAUUUUUGCACACUGUAGCUACCAAAAACUCACAUUUCAGACCCCUAAAGCUCUCAUUUUUGCACCCUCUCCAAAAUGAAGCUUUUCAGUUGGAUGCAAAAUAAGCUCAAUGGCAAUAGACAAGGGAUGAAUAGAAAACCAAAUGCAGCUUCAUCUACUCAUCAUGUGAAACAAGUUUCUCGAGAGGAAUUCAGUGAUUGGCCUCAUGGGUUGUUGGCAAUUGGAACUUUUGGCAAUAAUGAAAUAAGAACAGAAAAUCUUGAAAUCCAAGAUGUUCAAGAAAAUAACCAACAUGUUGAAGUUGAAGAAGAAGAAGAAUACCCAUCUUCCUCGGAGGAUUUACAAGAUUUCACACCUGAAGAGAUAGGAAAACUACAGAAAGAAUUGACAAAGCUCUUAUCAAAAAAACCAACUUCUGAUAAGGAAAAGGAAGUUGCUAAAACCCUCCCAUUGGAUAGAUUUCUCAAUUGUCCGUCAAGCUUGGAGGUUGACAGAAGAAUCAGUAAUACAGUCACUGGUGAUGUGGAUGAUGAUGAAGAAAACAUUGAGAGAACAAUUAGUGUAAUUCUUGGUCGAUGUAAGGACAUUUGUGAGAAAAAUAAAAAGAAAUCAAUUGGGAAAAAAUCCAUCUCUUUCCUUCUCAAGGAGGUUUUUGUUUGCAGAGGUGGGUUUGCACCACAACCAAGUUUGAGGGAUAGUCUUCAAGAAUCAAGAAUGGAAAAGCUUUUGAGGACAUUGCUUCACAAGAAGAUUAACCAUCAAAAUUCUUCCCAGGCGUCAUCAAAGAAGAAAUAUCUUGAGGAUAAUAAACGGAUAUCAAAUAAGGAAAAUGAAAAAGAAGAAGGAAAGAGGGAAAAGACUUGUGAUGGAGGUAAAUGGGUCAAGACAGAUUCUGAAUAUAUUGUUCUAGAGAUUUAAAUUUGUCUGCAAAUUUUCAGGAAAUUUAUAUCACAAGAUCAUAUCUGGAUUUGAGAAGAUCAAGAACCAUACUUGAAGAAUGCUAAACCAUGCAUCAAUAAUAACAGCUAAAAUGUUACACUUCUCCUGAUGGUGGCUUCCCCUUUUUUUUCAUGGUUGCAUCUGAGUAGAUUCAGUGCAAUACAUGUUAUAUAUAAAUUAUUGUCCAAAGAUUUCUGUCAAAGGCUAGACAUUCUCUACAA